AUGUCGCAGGAUCACCCGUCGGUAAAUUCGCGUUUCACACCGAAGUCCUAUGCGACACCACGGAGGCAUCACAAAUAUGAUACUGAUGAUUUACCGUCGCAGCCUAUCAAAAUUGGGUACCAAAAAGUCACUCUGGACAUUGAUUUGGCAGAGCAGUCAGUGGUGGGAGAGACUGAAUUGACCGUUCUUCCUCUCAAUUCUAGUGUCAGGCAGGUGAAAUUAGACUGCAGGGGAAUGCAAAUAAGGGACAUCACAGUGAAUGGCAAAAAGGCAAGUUAUCAUUACGGGGACUUCUUCCAAAACGAUGAGUAUCUCAAUGACAUAGAAAAUCCGGUUCUGGCCAAUUAUAAAUACAACCCAAAUUAUGAUACACACUCCGAGGUGAUUGAGCUUCAGCAGCAUCAUUUCUACAGAUCUAGGUUUUAUCCAUUGUUUUCAGAUCAAAACAAUCAAGAGCACCCUUCCUCGUCAUACACAGAAAACACAUCAGAAUUAAUCGUUUACAUUCCAGACUCUAUCAAAUUGAGGCUUCAUGACCCAACAUCAAAACAAACUUUUUCACCCAAUGUCAAUUCUGCCCGGUCGCACACACCUUUGACGACCAACGCUAUGAUGAGUUCAGAUAAAGUGUACACUCCAUUGAAUAUCAAAAUUAGCUAUCUGAUCAGGAACUCGAAAAAUGGAUUACUCUUCAAUGGAGGAUAUGGCACAAAUAUCCCGAAAGAUCUUUGGUUUUGCUACACCUCGAACAACGAUCUGGGAUGCAGUGCUAGCUCAUGGGUUCCUUGUAUAGACAACCUAUAUGAAAAACCUGCGUGGGACAUAAACAUAAUUGUGCCUAAGACAGUGGGUGACAUAGGAGAGACCAAAUUGGUUGGCUCCGACGAAGCCAAGAAGGCUCUACGAAGAAUGGAAACCGAAGACGAAAUGGACGAAGACCAAGAAGAACGCAAUGAUACUCCAUUGGUAGUUGCGGUUCCAGAUUUGAUCGGCGUCAAAGAGUCGCCCUCUCCUCUGGAUGUUGGCAAGAAAGUGAUCAAUUUUCAGUUUUACAAUCCACUGUCUGCUCAUCACCUAGGUUUUGCCGUGGGCGCGUUCGAAAGUUGCCCAAUCUUGGACGUCAAGCCAGGUACUGAUGAGUUGGUUCCUUCCAAUGCCCUCGCAAAUCUCGCAGACAAUGACAUAAACAAUGCCACGAAUUUUUCUGCUGAGUCGAACUCGAAUAAGGUGCCGACUAUGCUUUAUUUCUUGCCUGGCCGCAAGGAGGAAGUUCUGAACACAACUAUUGCAAUGUACAAAAUGUUUGAUUUUUACUCUAAAGAGUUUGGCUCGUUCCCGUUCCCCAGCUACACAAUGGUCUAUGUCGAUGACAUGCCGUGCGAGUCUUGUGGAUUUGCCGGAAUGACAAUCAUGUCUUCGAGACUGCUCUACAGUCCUAAGUUGAUAGAGCCUAUCUUUGAUGUGACAGAAAAGUUGGCCGUUGCUCUGUCUGAGCAAUAUUCCGGCAUCAACGUUCUUCCAAAAUCGCUAAAUGAUUUUUGGUUGGUAAUUGGUAUUUCGUACUUCAUGGCAGGUCAAUUUCUGAAAAAGCUUUUUGGUGUUAACCGAUACAGAUACGAGGUUAAAUUGCGCACCGAUUACCUUUGUGAGAUCGAUGUUGGAAAAAGGCCUUUGGCCAAUCAAUUAUUUCGCUUUCCGAUCAAUCUCUCCCAGGAUAUGGAGUUUAUAAAGCUGAAAGCCCCUCUGGUAAUGUUCAUUUUGGAUCGCCGAAUGACAAAGACUGACAAGUCAUUUGGGUUGUCUCGUGUCAUCCCAAAGAUUUUUCUCCAGGCUAUGUCAGGGGACUUACUAAAUGGAAACUGUUUGUCAACCGCCCACUUUCACCAUGUUUGUGAGAAGGUGGCUCAUCAUAAACUUGAGUCCUUUUUCCAAAAUUGGAUACAUAGUUGUGGAGUUCCAAUUUUUCAAGUGACGCAGAGAUUUAAUAAGAAGAGAAUGUUUAUCGAGAUGAGCAUCCGCCAGAUACAGAAAAAUAAUAAGCUGGAAGCAGAAGACGAGCUGCAAAUGGACAUAAAUUCAAAAGAGACUUUGAGGAAACAGCACCAGAGAGAGAAUUUUGUGGAUGAGGCUAGUAAGAUCUUAUCAGAAGAGGAAACUUUCUCAGCCCCCAAUGUGUUCACUGGCCCUAUUACUAUCCGUAUUCACGAAGCAGAUGGUACACCGUAUGAGCACAUUGUUGACAUCAAGGACCCCGUCACCAAGCUGGAUAUUCAAUAUAACACAAAGUACAGAAGAUCCAAAAGAAGAAAAGAAGAAGAUCAAGAAGAAGCUGAGAGGAAGGAAAGAGAAAGAGAAAAGAGAGAAAGGGAUAAAUUGAGAAAAGAACGAGAAAAGGACAAAUUGCGCGGCGACGAUGAUGAACCGACGGUGAAGAAACUGGGAGACGUGUUCAUGAAGCCGAAAGAUCUCGAAGAUUGGGGGUUCACAGAAAAACAAAAAAUUGAAGAAAACGACUAUGAGAUUCUUGGAGACGCAUUCGAAUGGCUGCGUGUGGAUGCAGACUUCGAAUGGAUUUGCAAGGUUUACAUCAAUCUAAAUGAAAAUAUGUUUGAAUCCCAGCUCAGACAAGACCGAGAUGUGGAAGCACAAUUAGAAAGCGUCAAGUUUUUUUCGGAAUCAUUGCACCCAUCAAUCUAUUUUGCGACGGUUCUAAUGAGAACAAUUCUUGAUAAACGGUAUUUUUAUGGCGUCAGGGCGGAGGCGGCUUUAGGACUGGCAAGGUUUUCAAAAGAGAGUAACGAUCAUCUGGGAAUGAGAUUUUUGCUCAAAGCUUACAAGUACUUUUAUUGCUACAACAAUACCAUAUCCAAAGGAUAUCCUGAGCUGGACCCAAAUGAAUAUUUACCGCUGCCUAACGACUUUUCGGAGUUCAGUGACUACUUUGUCAUGAAAGCUAUCGUGACUGGCCUGUCAACCGUGACGAAUAAGAAUGGUGACAGUCCAAUCGAACUUAAGAAAAUUAUGCUCAACAUCUUGAAGUUCAAUGACAAUAAUAACAACUACUUUGACGAUUCCUUUUAUCUUGCCAAUUUUAUUACUUGUUUGACAAAUUUGAUGGUCAGUUCAAAUAAAAAGAUUCCAAACCACAAUGAAUCUCAUGUUGAGAUGGACCAAAGAAAUCUCACAGAUCCUACCGAGAAAUUCCUAGUUGAGACCAUGGUGGAGAUAAAUAGGGCCGCAAAAAUGGACCAGUGGUCUCCCUCCCAUCACCACAUUGUGACUGUGACAAUGCUUCGAGAAAAAGUGCGCUUGGCCCUCUUAGGUCUUGUUGAUCUCUCUUAUAUUGACUUGAUUCCAUACACAAGACCCUUUUACGAUGCAGACAUUAGAUUGAAAGCUUUUGAGAGCCUUUUGCUCUUAGGUGGUUUGAGAAACUCGCAUGUUUUGUCGCUAUUCUUCACUACUCUCAAGCUUGAAAGAUCUCAUUACCUUCGUCACCAUCUGGUCCUUGCUUUAAUGCGAGCAGUUGGUGCAGCUGCCGUGGAUGGAGUAUUUCCUAACCUCGAAGACGAUGAGUUCUUCGGAGCGAGAAAAGGUGACUUUAAUGAGAAGAUCAACAACCUCAUCAUUGUGGAAGACAGUGGAGCAGGUAAUGACAUGAAGACCCGACGCGACCAGCUAUCUCGGCUCACCAUGAAAGGAGCAUUGGAGGCGCUUCGCAGGGACCUGAGCAUUGGUAAGGGAUUGCGUAAAGAACUAUGGUCGGCAAUUCAUUCGUGCUUGCUAUCCGUGAGUGAGAAACGAAAUUUGUUUGAUGUUAUAGAAGUCAUCUUUGAAGCCAUUGACUCUUUCAAGGUCACCACAAAACUUCCGAACGAGAGGAAACUGGUUGCUAAGGUCACUGAUGUUAAUAUCGAACCUCAUUCUGAAACGUACAAGGUGACGUUCAAGAGACAAGGGAGACUAAAAAUUCAAAUUCCAACUAUCAAGCUCAAAAUCACAGAGAAUAGCAGCUCUCGCUCCACGCAAAAGCUAAAACGCUCCUCUAUUUCGGAGGUAUCUUCAGAUCCAAAGUCCACAAGGGAAAAAUUCGAAGUUAAAUUCAAAUACAGAAAGCUUCCCAAGGGAAGGCGUGUGGCGUAUGAUAUUAUCCAAACCGACAAACAAUUACCGCUUCGCUAUGUGCGUUUCCAGAUGUUCGAGAAGAGAGUUCUGUUAUCCAAUGACGAGAAUUUUGGUGAGAUAAGGAGCUUGCCAGUGAAACUAAAGAUCAGCCCUGAAAGACUGCGCCAGCUUAACCCGGUCAAAACAGAGCCUCGCAAUAUCCUUUCCACUCCUGAGACAGCUCCCGAGUCAGCUACUGAGUCGAGCGGCCAUUUGCAGCCUGAAGGAGGCGCCCAUGACAAUAUUCUUCCUGGAAGCGACGCAGUGAACGCUCAAGAAUCAGAAGUGGGUAAUGACAUCGCUUUUGAUCCUGGUGAUUCAAGUCAGAAAUCUGUUGAGGCAGCUCCUGCGAUAAAGACGGAGACAGGAUUCUCCGGAAUAGAAAGUGAAGCUUCGGUGGAUCCUGAGAAAGUUUCAUCACAAAGUCGCUCGGCAACGCCGUCUUUGCCGAAGAUCAAGCUUAAACUAAAGUAG